GGACGAAUCUGAGCUAACGGAAGGUGUCGUCGAGGGAGGAAAGGGCCGAGAGGAAGAAGGACUACAACUCCCAGAAUGCCAGGGGGCUGACUACAGUGUCCGUGAUGCCCCGGGAAGGGGGACCUGGGUGAGGACUUCAUGUCCCACCGUGCUCUCGGGGGGCGGCCGGCGGAGAUUGAACCGGAAGACGCUCCCUGGGCGUGUGGAGUCCACUGACUGCUAUUGAACCACGAAAAGUCCAAUAUGAAACUGUAUUGCCUGUCGGGGCACCCGACGCUACCAUGCAACGUGCUCAAGUUCAAGUCCACCACCAUCAUGCUGGACUGCGGCCUGGACAUGACGUCCACCCUCAACUUCCUCCCGCUUCCCCUCGUGCAGAGUCCCAGGCUGUCCGGCCUCCCCAGCUGGUCCCUGAAGGAUGGAAACACUUUCCUGGAGAAGGAGCUCAAAGAGUGCUCGGGCCACGUCUUCGUGGAUUCUGUGCCUGAAUUCUGCUUACCUGAGACCGAGCUCAUAGACCUGUCCACGGUCGACGUCAUCCUCAUCUCCAACUACCACUGCAUGAUGGCGCUGCCCUACAUCACCGAGCACACGGGCUUCAGCGGCUCCGUGUACGCCACCGAGCCCACCGUGCAGAUCGGCCGGCUCCUCAUGGAAGAGCUGGUGAACUUCAUCGAGAGGGUGCCCAAGGCCCAGUCGGCCUCGCUGUGGAAGAACAAGGACAUCCAGCGGCUGCUGCCGUCCCCGCUCAAGGACGCGGUGGAGGCCACCACAUGGAGAAGGUGCUACACGAUGCAGGAGGUCAACGCGGCCCUGAGCAAGAUCCAGCUGGUGGGAUAUUCCCAGAAGAUUGAGCUUUUCGGUGCCGUGCUGGUGACGCCGCUGAGCUCUGGCUACGCCCUGGGGAGCUCCAACUGGAUCAUCCAGUCUCACUAUGAGAAAGUGUCCUACGUGUCCGGCUCCUCCCUGCUGACCACGCACCCCCAGCCCAUGGACCAAGCAUCUCUGAAGAACAGCGACGUUCUCCUCCUGACGGGCCUUACCCAGAUCCCCACCGCCAACCCCGACGGCAUGGUGGGCGAGUUCUGCAGCAACCUGGCACUCACGGUGCGGAACGGAGGGAAUGUGCUGGUGCCCUGCUACCCGUCGGGUGUCAUCUACGACCUCCUGGAAUGCCUCUACCAGUACAUCGACUCGGCCGGCCUCUCCAAUAUCCCCUUCUACUUCAUCUCCCCCGUGGCCAACAGCUCCCUGGAGUUCUCCCAGAUUUUUGCUGAGUGGCUGUGCCACAACAAACAGAGUAAGGUGUAUCUUCCAGAACCGCCGUUCCCGCACGCAGAGCUCAUCCAGACCAACAAGCUGAAGCACUACCCCAGCAUCCACGGCGACUUCAGCAACGACUUCCGGCAGCCGUGUGUGGUCUUCACCGGCCACCCCUCCCUCCGCUUCGGGGACGUGGUGCACUUCCUGGAGCUCUGGGGCAGGUCCAGCCUGAACACGGUCAUCUUCACAGAGCCCGACUUCUCCUACCUGGAGGCGCUGGCCCCCUACCAGCCGCUGGCCAUGAAGUGCAUCUACUGCCCCAUCGACACGCGGCUCAACUUCAUCCAGGUGUCGAAGCUGCUGAAAGAAGUGCAGCCGUUGCACGUGGUGUGUCCCGAGCAGUACACGCAGCCGCCGCCCACACAGUGCCACCGCACCGACCUGAUGAUCGACUGCCAGCCGCCGCCCAUGUCCUACCGGCGCGCCGAGGUCCUGGCACUGCCCUUCAAACGCCGCUACGAGAAGAUCGAGAUUGUGCCCGAGCUGGCCGACUCCCUGGUGCCCACGGAGGUGAAGCCCGGCAUCUCACUGGCCACGGUCUCGGCCGUGCUGCACACGAAGGACAACAAGCACGUUCUGCAGCCCCCACCCCGGCCAGCCCCGCCCCCGGGGGGCAAGAAGAGGAAGCGGGCGAGUGAGGACGUGCCGGACAGCAAGGGGGUGCGGCCCCUGCUCAGUGGCUCCAUCCCCCUGGACCAGUUUGUGCAGACCCUGGAGAAGCACGGCUUCAGUGACAUCAAGGUGGAGGACACGGCCAAGGGCCACCUGGUGCUGCUGCAGGAGGCCGAGACGCUGAUCCAGGUGGAGGAGGACUCGACCCACAUCAUCUGCGACCACGACGAGGUGCUGCGGGUGCGGCUGCGCGACCUCGUCCUCAAGUUCCUGCAGAAGUUCUGAGCCAGACACGCACGCGAGGGCCACGGGGCUGGCCGGCCACUUUGCUGCAGGGCUUGGGGGGCAUGGCACCAGGCAGGGGUGCGGCCCACAGUGCCUGCGCCUCAGGAUGGCCCCCGUGCUGCGGGGAGGCACUCGUCCCUGUCUUUUCUAUUGCGCACCCGUUUGUUAAUAAAACUUAUUUUUAUAGACGUAUCUGUGCCCCGCGGAACCUGAAACCCACACAUGGAUUUAGUGUCUGGAAAUACGGGAAGAGCAUGAAUGUAUGAUCUGGAGAGGGACGGGUGAGGCCUGGGAACUGCUAGGGGUGACCCGACCCCAGCCCCAGGAAGCAGCAGGCAAGCCCCCGUUCCCUCACCCUGACCAACCCCUGACCAAGUCUGGGCAGGCCUCAGUCACAGGAAGCCCCGCGAGGUGGAUGCCACGAGCCCGCACGGCACACGUGCCAGUCUGCAGCGGGCCGGGCAGCCCUGGGCGCGCUGGCCUGAGGGUCAGUCACUUCUCCAGCUGGCCCGCAGCUGGGCCCCAGGAACCGUGGGAAACUCCCUGGGACUUAACCGGGGUGUGCAGGAAAAAGGCGUCUCUGGCGUGGCCGGCAGGGCCCAGGAUGCCCGCACAGGUCCUGGGGUCGGUAUGCUGGGGCCAGGGAUGGAGUGAGCCAUGGGAGAGGCCGCGAGGCCAUGGCAGCUGUGGAAACCGAGGCCGCAUGGUAGGUACACAGCAGGGCGGCCGGAACUUGCUUCAGUCAUGUGUUUAUAAAAGGAACAUUCUGGAAAUGCAAAAAGUCUCUUUCACUUGCACUCCCGAGACAUCCAAAUGGGCCUGGAACAGCUUGGACUUGCCCAAGUGGUCACAAGGCCCACGGGAAGCCCAAGAGGCAGGGCAGGACAGGACCUCUGUGAAAUGGGCCCCACUGAGGCAAGAGUGAGGGAGACGGCCCCACGAGCGAGGGAAAGAAGCGCGACUUUCCUUCGAGCGGGGACACACAGGGAGGUGGGGGUCGCCACCCCGAGACGCCUGAGCUGCCUCAAGGACAACUGAAGCAGAGGUGGGAGCAGCCACAGGGCACGACUGACCCCCCAGACCAAGGCGGGCAGGUGGGACUGGCACAGCCACGUCCACUCCGGCUCAGCGAGGUCCUGACAGCGGGACAGUCGCCGAGAAGCUGCUGGAGAGGGCGAGAAGCCUGUGCAAAGCCCCGUAGUCACGUUUCUUUGCCCCAAGACGCAGGGCCGAAGCUCCAGUGCUGGUCAGGCCACGCGGUGCCGGGCUGCACCAGGGAUGGGCGCACGGCUGCAUGCUCCUCCCAGGCCCCCACCCCGUUACUCAGGCUGCACCAGAAUAAAAGACAAAAACUUGAGUCCCAGAGUCUUUAGCCAGAAACGGAUCAAUACUUCAAGGUUCUAUAUACUGGCAGACACGCCGUGGCCGAGCGGCAGGCGCCAGGAGCAGAAAGCGCCACCCAGAGGAGUUCGUGAACCAGAUUCCGCAAUGGAAAAGCUGCUCACGAGGAAACAGCAUCAAGAGAACGGGUGCGCAAGCAGCAGAGGGGGUGACGCUCGCAGAACACACUCCAGCGAACGUAGCAGGGCCCGAGUUGCCACCCCUAGAGCCCCAAGCCCACCAACGGCUCAGUAACCCCCAGGUAGGCCCCAGCACCCCGGCUCCGAUACAAAGAAAACACAACAGAGUAUUGUCGGCCAUAAAGAGAAACGAGCAGCCAAGCACAACCCCGAACACAGGCCACGCGUGCAAGAAGCUAGUGGUGUGGGCUCCCGGGUGCAGAAACCCGAGCUACGGGGAAGGGAGGGGACGGGCCUUGAGGAAAGGCAGACGGUUCUGGCAAGGCCUCACUGUUGCCACGGGGGGCUGUACACACAGACCUUCGCCUGGUUCCCUGUGAGCCUCCAGCCACAGUGUUUUGCCAUUUCCAGAGCAGAAGUUCAGGAAGUUCAGGUGGGAGGCCCGUGUGCUGCCCACCCACACCAGGGAUGACCCCACCCCAGACAUCAUCCAGGAGCGGGAGCCAGAGAGGAAGAAGUCCUCCCUGCCCUGUGCUCCCCAGCAGACUGACCCAGCGCUGGUCCAACUUCCUCUGUGUGGGGUCACGCCCAGCGGGGCUCGGGGGCACCGGCCGGGUGUUCGGGCGUCACUUCCGGCGGUGCUGGGGCUGGAACCGCCCUGACUCUGGCCUGGCAGCUCAGCAGCACUCCGAGCUAGGUGGAGCGUGACCGUGAGAAGCAGGGGAGCACGCAGAC